AUGGGUGGCUCCCGCGAAGUCCAGAUCUCCGGCUACAAGCUCAUCAUCCACGAGGGGGAUGGCACCGUCGACCCCUCCACGGGCCGCGCCCUCACCGGCUCAUGGCUCUGGGACUCCGCCGUCUACCUCGCGGAGUGGAUGGCCGCCUGUGGCGGAGCCCAGCUCGCCGGCGCCACCGUCCUGGAGGUUGGCGCCGGGACGGGCCUCCCGGGUUUGCUGGCCGCCUCCAUGGGCGCGGCGCGCGUGGUGCUCACCGACGUCGGGCAGCUUCUCGAGGGCCUCCGGGCCAGCGUCGCCGCCAACGGGCAAGAAGCGCGGGUAGAGGUGCGGGAGCUGCGGUGGCGAGAAGCGGCGGAGGCUGCUGACGUGGUGCUGAUGUCGGACGUGUUCUUCGACGCGGAGGAGAUGGAGGGGCUGGGGAGAACGAUGAGGACGGCUUGGGGGGCGGGGACGACGGGGUGGGCGGCGACCGAGGAGAGGCCGGGUGUGGGCGAGUGUCUGGAGGCGCUGAAGCGGGAGGGGUUCGAGGCGACGGUGGUGGAGGAGAGCGUUCGGUCGUUGAUGCGGACGGCGGCCUCGCAAACGCCAGAGGAAGGAGAGAGUUCGGUGUUCGCUCUCUACCGCAUCAGCCGUCGCUUGCCGUAAUCUUCAAAUAAUCGACUACAAGUCUACAAUCCUACUGCUACUACUGUCGGCCCAUCCCUUUCAUUUUUCCCGAUAGAAAUUAAUUACUUUGUUUUAUGCGUUCUACGGUUCUAGUAAUCAGAUCGGUGAUCAGAGUUUAAUAUGGCUUUUUUCCCCAUCAACGCCAAGUAAGCCUUCAAAAAAAAAAAAAAAAAAAAACUCAAACAAACCAAGAGAUGCC